AUGGCUUCGAACACUGAUGAUGAUACGAACAGCUUUGAGUACGGCUAUGUAGAAAGGCCAUCCGAAGAGUUCUUCUGUCCCGUCACGUUGGAGGUACUCCUGGAUCCAGUGCAGACCAACUCGUGCUGCGGAAACCAUCUCUCACGUUCCGCCGCCCAGAAACUCCAGGCCGAGGGAAAACCGUGUCCGAUUUGUAAGGCUGCGCCUCUGAUAACGACCGAUGAUAAGUUCUUUAUGCGUAAAGUAAGGCAAUUGAAAGUCCGGUGCAGCAACAAGUCUGCUGGUUGUGAGUGGGUGGGUGAGUUGGGAGAGCUAGACAGCCACCUGAAACCAGGGUCAGUGGAGGGGCAGUGUGAUUUCGUUGAUGUUGAAUGUCCGCUGGAGUGUGGCCAAAGGGUUAAACGACGCAAUCUAGCAAAGCACAAAUCCAAUGAAUGUAUCGAACGGCCAUUUACCUGCCAAUAUUGUGAUUACGAGGCGACACAUGAAAAGGUUGUCAAUGUACAUUUGCCGAAAUGCCAGCGUUAUCCCAAGGUUUGCCCCAACAAAUGUUCUACUGAUGAAAUUGAGCGUCGAUUUCUCCAACGCCAUCUCCAAGAGGAAUGUCCUCUGGAAAAAAUUCCUUGCAAGUUUGCCUUUGCCGGUUGUCGCGAAAUAGUUGAGCGAAAAUCAAUGAAAAACCACUUGGAAAAGAGCAAAGACGAACAUUUGGAAAUGACUGCUGUCAAAUGCAAAACAUUUGAAGCUGAACUCAACAAUUUGAAGCUGGUUAUUGCCAAAAUUUCCCCCAAGCCUAUCUUCAAUCAACCCCCUGAUAUUAACAUGACUGACUUCGAGGGACGUAAAAAACGUGGUGAACGCUGGUAUAGUCCAGCUUUUUACUCCCACGUUGGUGGCUACAAGAUGUGCCUUAGUAUUGAUGCCAAUGGAUGGGGUAGUGGUGAGGCAAUUGAAAGUCCGGUGCAGCAACAAGUCUGGGUGGGGGAGUUGGGAGAGCUAGACAACCACCUGAAACCAGGGCCAGUGGAGGGGCAGUGUGAUUUCGGUGAUGUUGAAUGUCCCCUGGAGUGUGGCCAAAGGGUUAAACGACGCAAUCUAGCAAAGCACAAAUCCAAUGAAUGUAUCGAACGACCAUUUACCUGCCAAUAUUGCGAUUACAAGGCGACACAUGAAAAGGUUGUCAAUGAUCAUUGGCCGAAAUGCCAGCGUUAUCCCAAGAUUUGCCCCAACGAAUGUUCUACAGUUGAAAUUGAGCGUCGAUUUCUCCAAUGCCAUCUCCAAGAGGAAUGUCCGCUGGAAAAAAUUCAGUGUGAAUUCUCCUUUGCUGGUUGCCAGGCAAAACUAGAGAGAAAAUCAAUGAAAGAGCACUUGGAUGAGAGCAAAGACGAACAUCUAAAACUGACAGCAUCUGAAUGCAAGAAUCUUAGAGUUGAGCUGGCUGAUUUGAAACUAGCCUUUACCAAGAUUUCUCCCAAACCUGUAUUCAAUCAACCCCCCCAUAUAGUAAUGACUGACUUUGAAAGAAAACAUAAAGAUGAUGAGAGUUGGUUUAGUCCAGGCUUUUACACCCACAUUGGUGGCUACAAGAUGUGCCUUAGAAUUGAUGCCAAUGGAUGGGGUAGUGGUAAGGGUACUCAUGUUAGUGUAGCUGUCUCAAUGAUGAAGGGAGAGUUUGAUUCCCAUCUCAAGUGGCCGUUCAAAGGAGAGAUCACAGUUGAACUGGUCAACCAGAAAGAGGGAGGAGUAAAGUAUGAGCAAAAGCCAGUUAAACACACUGAUCCAGAUGAACGUGACGAAAACUUUCCAAAGAAUCUCUACAAACCUGAAGAGGGUAAAGAGUACCUGGUGAAUGACACUCUCAUUUUCAGAAUCACCAACGUGGAAGUAAAGGAAAUGGACAGACUGCAGGCUCUGAGAGACACGGCUAACCUCCCAAGAGCUGUAGCCCCGCCCCCUGCUGUCUCCAGUCCAGUCACCAGUGGUGGAAUGGAACGGAGUCUGAAUGACUCCGGCUCAGAGAUUCCAGGAUUUGUCCAGAAGCCACUCAGAAAACGACUACCAAAGUCGGACAAAGAGAACCAAAGGCUACCGAAACAGACCAAAGACGGUUGCCGUAAGCGACUUCACUACGAUUCGACCACUGUCGGGGAGGGAGGAGGGAGAGAAGGAGGGAGAGAGGCGGAGAAGGCUACGAGCAAUAAACCACCCCUGUCCUACGCAUCCCUGAUUGUCCUAGCCAUCAGCAGCACGCCGCAGAGGAUGCUGACAUUGAGUGGGAUAUAUCGCUGGAUCGAAUCAACUUUUCCCUUCUACCGCACACCUGAAUCAAAGGCCUGGAAGAACUCCAUUCGCCACAAUCUCUCCAUCCGCAAGAACAUGUUUACCAAGGUCCACCAGUACCCUCCUCGCCGUGGCAACGGGUCCUACUGGGCCCUCCUAUCAGACGGGGAGGACGAGCUGGCGAGAGCCCACCCUCUCUUCACCACCCUCCUCCCUCCCGUCAUCGACCCAGACAGCGUCUACUGCCGAACUCCACUCACUCACACAGUGAAGAGCAGGGGACAGUUCAUGCCGGUUUUUCCAGAUACAAACCGAGAGACGCCAUAUUUCGCACUCAAUGCCCCCGCUAACGACGGGUCGUCUCCCGUAGUUACACACUCGUUAGCGUCGUCGCCCCCGGCACAUUUCCAGGAAAUUGAGGUGACCACGGCAACGAAAAAACAAAAGAGGGUCGCGGAAAAUUGUCCAAAUAAGGUGACGGUUUCGACACACCAUCUGUUGGAGCACAAUUACUCGAAGACGGUGACCUUUGAACCAGAGCUACAGUUGGUGGAAGAGGAGCUGGCGGCCGAGGAUCUGGUGGAAGGGUCGUUCAUGCCCCAUUCCAGUGCUGGAAUGGAAUCGGGGCAGGGAGGAUUCAUGGAACGAGGCAUUCUUCAGGUGGAUGUUUGUGAUUCAACCACCGACAUUCCCCACACUACCAGCAGUCCUGUGACCACGCCCACCCACCAUGACCACGCCCACAUGGACUCGGUGGCCGACUGCAGUCUGACGAGCCUUCUCGGAACUUCCUUCCUCACUCCGACCAAGAUGGCGGCCAUUAGUGAUCUUUCUUUCGACGCAAUCUCUUUCUCCCCUCUCUAUAACUUCGUCACCCCACAACGAGAAGGGACUUCCCCUCCCGGACAACCGGCGGUGAUGUCAUCGCAUUCUGGGAACCACGGUAACACACUCACACCCAAUAUACAUUGCCAUGAGAACCACUCUACCACACCCCUCCGUUCUGAAAAUACUACGUUUUCUAACACUUCAAAUGAGACUGGUGGCAUAUUUACCAGAACCACUGAUCCCAUUCCGGUUCCAGUCUCGGACCAAGACACAACACCGUCUCAUUCCAGUUCCAUCACUGGAAUCGGGAUCUCGGAACUGGACAGCGGAGUAUUUUCGCCGUUCUCGACCUCCCUUUGUUUCAGCACUCCACUGGGACUGAAAUCAGUCAGUCCACUGAUGGAUCUACCGGGCAAUGUCUUUAGCACUCCUCAGUCGACCGAACAUACACGAAACUCGACACCAAACUUUGGAGGAGGGGGCGCGUACCACGGAGCCACUCCAACUAGAAAAUCUGGUUCUAGACAACUGUUCCCUCUCUCUUUCUCCAGCCCCACGUCUUAGCUCUUACUUACGCCAUCACACACUAUCACACAUUACCAUUGCAUACGUACACAACGAAGCAUUAUACAGCAGUACUCUAUAGUUGUUGCACACAGCAGCAGUUGUAUUUCAUCGGAAAGUGAAACUCUAUAUACAUAAGCCUAGUACUAUAGUUGCACACAAUAGUCAAUGUAUAUUCUGGUUUGUGUAUGAUGUCAUCCUGUCUUCACAAUAGGACAGUUUUAACCCCUUCACUCCAUUGUACCAUAUUAUGUAAUACAAAGACUAUGAUUAAUGUUACGAACUAUGUGCUGCAACAUUUGAAGAACACAAAGUGCAUGUAAACUCGUUGAUAAAGGGUCAACUUGUUCGCAUUCCUUGUUUUAUUUAUAACCCGUUACUAAACUUACACGAAGGUUAAAAUUCUGAUUUUAUUCACACUACAGAAAUGAAAGAAAAAUAUUUUUUUUAUGUAUGUAGGAUUGUCUCACAAACCACCAAAUUUUUGUUGUCUCACAAAUUUUUAUCGGGCAACCUGAUUAUUUUUUCUCGGGUGACAGUCUGUCAGUGAUUGUCUUGAGUUCUAUGGAGACCUGUUUACCUCCUCGUGCGAGGGACGAUUUCGUCUCCAAAAACGCUUCUUCUCUUGUCUUUGCGUCGAGUUCCCGAACGCACCUCGACAGGACGUACUUCGUUCGAUCCAAUGCCAAAUAUUGCACGUAGAGCUUGUAAUUCGAGCCGUUUCGAGGCCGUUCGCGACCGAGUUUUACAAACGGUCGAUUCUUGAACCCGUCCUGGACGAAUUCUGCGAGACACUUCAAAUGCUUUUCCCAGCUCUCCCCGCGUUUCUCCAGAACCGGGCAGAGUUCCUUUUCGAUGGCCAUGUCUGCUUCGACAAGACUCUGAGCAAAGUCCACCUGAAUCCGGAACACCUUCUCGAUGUUUAGAACUUCGAACGAAAGCUGACGAAGAGCUAUGUGGACCCGCUCCAUGCUUUGCUGAUCGAGGAAAUCUUGGAUCAUGGCCAGACUCUCGAUCGGGAUCAUCUCUUUGAGUUUCAUCUGCACCGACUUGAACAGAAACAUGUACUCUUGGUAGAAGUUAAACGUGCUCAUCAUGAUAUGUCUCAGAAGCCGCUCCUGCGUAUCGGUGGGCGGAGAAAGAUUUUUCAACGCUUGGCUACGAUUAGCCAUGUGAGUGAAGGUAUCUGACAAAUCUGCCUGGGCUUUUGCGAGAUCUCUUAGCGGGUGAUCGCCUUCCACACGUUUUGGGCUCGAAUCUUCGAUGUUGAGAGUGUCUGUCAGCUGCUGGUAGAUCGGUAGCGUCUGCUCAAUGUUUCUCUGUAAAUUCGCCAGUUCCGCUUGGAGAGAUGCGAUUUCAUCCAUGCAGCUUGCCUGUAGCGACUGCUCGAGUGUGCUCGCGUCUGCGGGUGAAAUAGGACCGUCGAUUUGCGACAAAAGAACUUCUUCCAGCUCCGUGCAACAACCGUUGCACACGGGGUAGGUCUCGAAUCGAUUCGGUCGGGAUGUCGGGGUGCCUUCUUUCCCGUUGAUUGCCCAACUAGCCGGCGACUCUUUGAACAUGCAGAAGAGGAUUAUUUCUUGUUUCGUGCACUCUCGACAGAACACCUGGCCGCAGACUCGACAGUUGAUUUUUCGCAGCAGCCCCAAACGGAACCUUUUCCCGCACUCGGGUGCGAAACACUCGCUGGCUUUCGAGUCGGGAACCCAAUCUUUGCUCUUUUGCCAGUUUGGUGUCCCGAUCACGGCUUUCAAAGCGUUCUGACCCUCGUAGCCUUUCACGAGGCGAUCAAUCUCGCCGCGGAUUCGCUCCGAUUUCAACGUGGACCUCGGUUGGGCCGACAGUGGCGUAGCUUCGACGACCAAUUUCUGUUUCACGGCGCGUUUUGCCUCUUCUCUGAGUGCGAUGAAAUCGUGUUUCAGGUCUCGGUAGCGCCCGGAGCGAAGCGUCAAGUUGAAGCAUUUCUCGCAGACGUUCCGGAAGGUUCCGAGAGGGUCCGGGUCAGCAUUGGGGGACAGCUUUCGCAGAAAUUUCGAGCACUUCCGGCAGAAGACUUCGCCGCACAUUCCACAGUUUCGCUUACGGUCUCUGAAUCGAAAUCGGCGACGGCAGUUCUUUUCCGCACACUUUGCGGCAUUGUCGAACGAAACGUAGUGAUCCCUUCUCAGGGUAUCGGUCUCUGCACGUGACCUCGGGAGCUGUUGGACGUUUGAGGUUGUAGAACCUCCCCGCUUCUUCUUUUUGAAGAGUUUGCGUCCUUCAGGGCUUGGGGAACCUCUGACGCUCGAUUCGGGUUGAGGGCUGUUGCUAGCGAGAAGAGCGCCGUCCGUACCGCUUCGGUCUCGCUGCGGAAUCCGCUGUGCGCCGGGCAGCGUCGGUGCAGGAGAGGGGUCAGGGAGAGGAGGGGAGGUUGGGGGAGAGUUGCCGAACGUCGCUUUCUCGUGCAUCCGAGGUAGAGUUGCGAUGAGGUCCUUCGGCUGGACGCCCAUGUUGGAGAGCCGUCUAAACAGCGGGGUCCUGCAGCUCGUACGGCUGUUCGUAGAAGCCACUGUAGGGACCGCCGUUGGACGCCAUUGGCUGCCGCUGGUUCAGAUCCGCCGGCAAACUGGAGCUAAAUAACUUUCCUGGUC